AUAUGAAAGCCAAAUUAAAACACCGUUUAAACGUCUGCCCUCCAGCUUGACGCGUCAAACGGAGAACGUUCCAGUUGUAAUCAAGGACGAUGUCUGCAAUGCCAGAUUAAACAGGUUCCUGAAAUAAAACGGGAGUGUUGUGGUUUUUCGCGUCGUCGCUCGUAUGCCGUGUAAGUAAAAGUUGAGGCGGCACGAAGUUUCACUUCAUGUAGGUCUGCGCAGCUUCAGAGCUCUCUAGAUCUUUCCAUUUCAUCUGCUCACAGGUCUUUAUGUUCCUCGUCGUCUCUUGAUCGGGACAUCGAUCCAUUCUUAGCGAAUAUUUUGUCAAAUCCAGACGCUUUGAUAUGGGAUCUUUUCUCUAGGAGUCUGAGAGAAAUCAAACACGUCCUCACAGACCAACUGAGCAGUUCUUCAGCUAGUUCUCACGGCGUUUCGACGUAAAUAAUUUAAUCUUUACUAAGUAUAUUUUCCUUUUUAUGUACAGAGCUUUGACGUGGCGGACACUGUGCAGCGGACAGUUUAAUAUUCAUGAUAAAAUCUGAAUUCACGCUCCUGUUUUUGGAUUAUCCGUUUCCCAGGAUACACUGACUCGAUCACGCAUCAACUAGAGACUUUAUUUUCGAUUUACCGGACUUAAAGACUACUGAGGGGAUUUGGAAAUGAGCGGUCCGUUUUCAAAAUGUCUUUUUUAAGAAUCACUCGUGGAGAAAGACGUUUCCUCAGAGGACGGGAGGGUUUGUAACGCUGAAUUUAUCGCCGAUUUCACGACACGCGUUUCCAUGGCUCCGGCGGUCAGAUCGAUUAAGCGUAAGGAUGCGAUUAACUGGCCGAGGAUGUCGACAACUUUCUGGGCUGUGCUGCUGUUGACGGCGCUUCUCAUCGUAUACUGCGGUCAACUGGCAGCAGGCACCUGUGAGAUUGUCACUCUAGACAGAGACAGCAGUCAGCCACGCAGGACAAUUGCCAGACAGACGGCCCGCUGCGCAUGUAAGAAAGGACAGAUUGCUGGGACAACGAGAGCCAGGCCAGCCUGCGUUGAUGCUCGUAUUGUGAAGACCAAGCAGUGGUGUGACAUGGUGCCCUGUCUAGAGGAUGAAGGCUGUGACCUGUUAGUAAAUAAAUCAGGCUGGACUUGUACACAGCCCAGCGGCAGGGUGAAAACUACAACGCCAACAUCUCCUCCGUACUCCAGCUCCAGCGACUACACAGAGGUGUGUGCUCCUCCUGUUCACUACUCCAUCCACGUAUACUCCUGUAUGAAAGAAGGAAGUCGUUACUCAUCCAAGUCUCCUCCAAGUGUCCUAACAGUGGGAGGGGUUCCUGGAGCGCUACCAGAUGAGGCCUCUUGCAGCUUCACCCACCUGCUGUAGAUACUUGCUAUAUCUCAUCGGCUUUACACCUGCCUCUGCCUACCUGUCUGUGUCUUGGCUUUGUAAAUGGGCAGCACUCCCUUCUGCCACGGAGAACAUACUCUACGUUCACAAAGCGCCUCAUGGAUGGUGGUACAGUAGGAGCCUUGAGGACUUUCAGGGCACAGCACAGGACAAUGAGACACCUACCCUGUCUGAGACUGAACCAGACACAGGCUUUAUGGGCUCCACGAGUGUUUCUGACCUGAUAUGAGACUGUCAUCUUAACUUCUCUGUGAAAGCUUUCUGCUGGAAGAUGAUUUUGACGCUCAUUUUUUACAGACCAAAGAGGAAAAAUAAUACGAAAAAACAAAACAAAA